AUGGCCGUCCUAGGCAAGCGCAAAGCGCCCGCGUCAUCAAUAUCUGAACCAGACGCAAAUGAAUUACUCCGCCGACAUUUCGAGGCUAGGUUCCAACCACUCGAAGAAAGACCUUCCAGCACAAAGGCGGAGCAACAAGCAGCUGAGGGCGACAGUAACGAGGACUCGGAAUGGGGCGGAUUGUCAAACGACGAUGCCGCUGAUAGCAAUGAUGAGGAGGAAUUUGAUGACGCCGAGGAUGUUUCCGAACACGAGUCCGGCGAUGACGUCCCCUCUCUUCCUUUGCAUCACCCGCCAGAGCCCACUGACGCAUCUCAGUCGUCGCGGCCCCCGGACCAGACCGCAACCCCCAACCCCGUCCAGCCCGCCGUUUCCUCCAAGUCGUCCACCCUCCCCGAGGACGCACCCUCGCUCCUCAAACAAGAUCUUGAACUCCGCCGCCUCCUCGCAGAAUCGCACCUCCUCGCCCCCCACGCCGCCACCAAAUCACUCUCGUCCGUGUCCUCCUCCAACGCUGCGCAGCCGAAAUCCUUUGCAGCAGGGCGAACAAGGCAAAAAGCGACAGACCUACGUGUUCAAGCGCUUGGUUCGAAGGUGUCAAUACAUAAGCAGGACAAGAUGCCGAUGCAUAUGAGAAAGGGCAUGGCUGCGGCUGCGGAUGCGCGUGAGGCUAAGAGGAGACGGGAGGCCAAGGAGAAUGGAAUCAUUCUAGAGAGAGAAACGGGAAAGCAGAGGCGGGCCAGAGGUCGCAGAAGUGACGUUGAUAGACCGGGUGUGGGCAGACUGAAGGGUGCUGAGUUGCGCAUCAGCGAAAGGGACGUCAAAAGAAUUGAGGGUACCCGGGAUGUAUUUGGGCGCAAAGGGAGAAGAUAG